CCCUCUCUCCCCAUUACUCUUAAAAAAAAAACACUUUCUUCACUCUCUCUCUCUCUCAUUCGCCACCAUCUCAUGAACUCCAACGACCAGUACCCAAUGGGCAGACCCGACGAAACCACUUCACGAACCUACGCAAUGAGCGGCAAGAUCAUGCUAAGCGCCAUCGUAAUCCUCUUCUUCGUCGUCAUCCUUAUGGUCUUCCUCCACCUCUACGCUCGCUGGUACCUCCUCCGCGCUCGCCGCCGCCAUUUCCGCCGCCGUAACCGUAACCGUCGCGCCACCAUGGUCUUCUUCGCCGCGGAUCCUUCCCCCGCCGCCGCCACCGCCGUCGCCUCCCGCGGCCUCGAUGCGGCGGUGAUGAAGUCUCUCCCCGUCUUCGCCUUCUCCGAGUCGACUCAUGGAGAUCUGACCGAGUGCGCGGUUUGUCUCUCCGAGUUCGAGGAAGGCGAGUCGGGUAGGGUUUUGCCUAACUGCAAACAUACGUUUCAUGUUGAGUGUAUUGAUAUGUGGUUUCAUUCUCACUCCACGUGUCCUCUCUGCCGCUCUCUCGUCGAGGCGACUCCGGUUGAGGAGGAGCGAGUGGUGAUCACGGUUUGUCCUGAACCGGUUUCUGCGAUUGAACCGGGUUCGAGUUCUGGAUUGAGGGAUGAACCGGAUGAUUUAAUGAGAAAACCGGCGGGGAUUGAGGUGCCGAGGAGGAACUUGAGCGAGUUUGAAGACGAUUUGAGUCACUCGUUUAGGUCGCCGAUGAGUAGGAUGUUGUCUUUCACUCGGAUGUUGAGCAGAGGAAACGCUUCGUCGCCUAUGGCCGGAGCUCCGCCUCAAUCUCCGUCGUCUAACUGCCGGAUAGUUACGACCGAGUCAGAUAUCGAGCGUGGAGGUGAAGAGAUUAGGUGACGUGUGUGUUGCUUAUUGGUUGAGAGUUAAUGGAAAGUAAAGCUACAAUUUAAUUACAUUGUUGUUAAAGUCAACAAGCCUUUGUCGACGGUUGAUUUAAGCUCCUGUGACACGUGGCGUAAUCUGAGAGACCAACGAAUCUUAUUCACCAUGUGUUUUACUUGUGUUAGUUUAUAGUAGAUAGAAUUGUCUGAAGAUGUACAUAAGUUGUGUCAGUCGUCGAUGUUUAGAUUGAAUCUUCUUUCUAUUUAUUUUUCUUUAUUCCUUCUUUUAGUUUAGGGGAAUUAGGCCAAGUAACCAUUAGAAACAAAAAAAAAAAAGAAAAUAACCAUAACAAGGCUUUAAUUAUGAUAUGAUUGAUUUUUUUUCUCUUUAUUCCCCAUUUUAUCCUCAGCAUGCGCGUGAAAACAAAUUGUAUCUUUCAUUUUCUAAACUGUUGUUGUAAUACAUUAUAUUGGGUUACAAACUGAAAAAAACAAGAGAGAUUGAGGAGGUGUCAAAACUUUGGUGAUGGAAGGAAGCGGAAAUCUGAGCUAUAUUCUUCAACCAUGAAAAGAAUAGUUUAAACUGUAAUUGUAAUACAUUAUAUCUGGUCACAAUCCAAUUUUUUU